AUGGCGGCCUCCAUGGGUCGCUGGCUUGUCUUCCUCUUUGCGCUGCUCGGCUUCCUCCGGGAGGCGACCAGCAGCCUCGGCUCGGGGGCCUCCCGCGACGAUGACUUGCUGCUGCCCUACUCCCACGCGCGCGCGCGCUUCGCCCGGGACUGCACGAGGGUGCGCGCCGGCAGCCGCGAGCACGAGAGCUGGCCACCUACCCCGGCGACCCCCAGCCCCCGCGGUCUGGCGGUCCGCACCUUCGUUUCACACUUCUCGGACCGCGCGGUGGCUGGCCAUCUGACGCGGGCAGCGGAGCCCCUGCGUACCUUCUCGGUGCUGGAGCCCGGUGGGUCCGGCGGCUGCGCUUCGAGGCGCCGCGCCACCGUGGAGGAGACGGCGAGGGCGGCUGGCUGCAGCGUCGCCCAGAACGGCGGCUUCUUCCGCAUGGACACGGGCGAGUGCCUGGGGAACGUGGUGAGCGACGGGCGCCGGGUGAGCAGCGCCGGGGGGCUGCAGAACGCGCAGUUCGGGAUCCGCCGCGACGGGACCCUGGUCACCGGGUACCUGUCUGAAGAGGAGGUGCUGGACACUAAGAACCCAUUUGUGCAACUGCUGAGUGGGGUCGUGUGGCUGAUCCGCAAUGGAAGUGUCUACAUCAACGAGAGCCAGGCGGCCGAGUGUGAUGAGACACAGGAGACAGGUUCUUUUAGCAAAUUUGUGAAUGUGAUGUCAGCCAGGACGGCAGUGGGACAUGACCGGAAGGGACAGCUGGUGUUCUUCCACGCAGAUGGGCAGACGGAGCAGCGGGGCAUUAACCUGUGGGAGAUGGCAGAGUUUUUGCUGAAACAGGAUGUGGUCAACGCCAUCAACCUCGAUGGAGGGGGCUCCGCUACCUUCGUGCUCAAUGGGACCUUGGCCAGUUACCCAUCAGAUCACUGCCAGGACAACAUGUGGCGCUGUCCGCGCCGCGUGUCUACUGUGGUGUGUUUGCACGAGCCCCGCUGCCAGCCGCCUGACUGCAGCGGCCAUGGGACCUGUGUGGAGGGGCGCUGCCAGUGCACGGGGCACUUCUGGCAGGGCGCUGCCUGCAACAAGCUGGACUGUGGCCCCUCCAACUGCAGCCAGCGCGGGCUUUGCACAGAGACUGGCUGCCGCUGUGAAGCUGGAUGGACGGGGUCCAACUGCAGUGAAGAGUGUCCCCUCGGCUGGCACGGGCCAGGCUGCCAGAGGCAUUGCGAAUGUGAGCACCAGUGUCCGUGUGACCCCCAGACCGGCAGCUGUAGCCUGGCCCAGGCGCCACAGUGUUUCCGGCCAUCCGAGGCCACCCUGAGGACAGGAGAACUCUCCCUUCUCACCGGGACCACCUGGCUGGCCCUCACCUUGGCCCUAGUUUUCCUUCUGCUGAUCAGCACGGUGGUGAACGUGUCCUUGCUCCUUGGUUCAAGAGCAGAGCGGAGCCGGCAUCUGGAUGGGGCCUAUGUUUACCACCCCCUGCAGGAGAUGAAUGGGGAGCUCCUGGCCGGGGAGAAGGAACAGCAGGGUGAUGCCCACAACCCCUUCAAGGACUGA